CCGUUGUUUCUUUCUGAGCUUUUUGAAGGCGUCGCUUUCCACUUCACAGCAAAAGUUAGAGAGAGAAACGAAGUCAAGCUUCAAUCACUGAGAUCGAAAUUACUCCGACACCGUUUCCGAUCCCGAUUCCGAUACAGGUUCCGAUUUCGAUUCGGAGAAUGGCUUCUUCGAGCACAGCAGUUUCUGGAUCUGCUGAUUCCACUACUACAAGAAGACACACCAAGCGACCUAAGUAUUCAAAGUUUACACAGCAAGAACUUCCUGCGUGCAAGCCUAUUCUCACGCCUCGAGCGGUUAUUUCAGCGUUUUUGCUUGUUAGUGUUGUGUUUAUACCUAUUGGAGUUGCUUCACUAAUGGCUUCAAGAAAAGUUGUUGAAAUUGUUUAUAGAUAUGAGUCUGAAUGCGUACCGAGUAAUGUCACGAACAAGGUAGCAUACAUUCAGAACCCUACGACCGAUAAAACAUGCAACAUAACACUGAAUGUGACCAAGCACAUGAAGGCACCUAUUUUUGUAUACUAUCAGUUGGACAACUUUUACCAGAAUCAUCGCCGGUAUGUUAAAAGCCGAAGUGAUGGUCAGUUGAGGAAUCUUAAGGACGAGAAGUUAGUUGGGACUUGUAAGCCUGAAGAUGUUGUCAAUGGUAAUCCAAUUGUACCUUGCGGUCUCAUAGCUUGGAGUUUAUUCAAUGACACAUACAGCUUCUCCAUCAAAGGAUCGAAUUUGACAGUGAACAAGAGUGGCAUCUCUUGGAAGAGUGAUAGAGAACACAAAUUUGGAAAAGAUGUUCACCCCCAAAACUUUCAAAAUAGUUCUAUAAUAGGUGGUGCACAUCUUGAUAAAUCCAUACCGCUGAGUGAGCAAGAGGAUCUUAUUGUCUGGAUGAGAACCGCUGCCUUGCCAACUUUUAGAAAGUUAUAUGGAAGAAUAGAGGAGGAUCUGAAAGCCGGUGUUCUCAUAAAUGUAAUGCUUAAAAAUCAGUACAACACAUACAGUUUUAAUGGCAAGAAAAAGCUCGUGCUGUCAACUACUAGCUGGCUUGGUGGGAAGAAUGACUUCAUUGGCAUUGCUUAUCUCACCGUUGGAGGCCUAUGCUUCUUUUUGUCUUUGGCUUUUACCAUUGUAUAUUUUGUUAAGCCAAGGCAACUUGGAGAUCCAUCAUAUUUGUCAUGGAAUAGGAACCCUGGAGGGCACUAAGCUAAGAUACCAAUUAUUUCUAAUAUUACAGGGCUUGGUUAUUCUAUCACCCUUAAAGAUAAACAAACCAACUUUGGAAUAUGCUGUAUGAUAAUUGAUAAGUAGCUUAGUAGAGUUCUUGUUUGACUUAACUUAACUUGGAUAUAUGGUAAGUGAAAAUAUAACAAGUUUUGUGUAGUAGUAUAUAAAUAAUGUGCUGUUUAUGAGUUAAUGUUGAAUAGCUUUUUAUCAA